AUAUUUAUUAUUUACAAUUUACGUUUUACCAUGAAGCAUCAUCUAUGAUUAAUAUUUUAUGAUGAAGACUUUUUAGUUUUCACGUUCACAGAUCACCCACCACCAUCAAUUAUCAAAUCAAGUCUUAUAUGAAAUAAGUGUUUUAUUUAAAUAAUAAGGAAAAAAAAUUAUUUUAACAUGUUGGUCGGUCGGCAAUCAAAAAACAUUUUAUCCAGUGUAAAAAAUACAAACAUAAAAAGGUGUCUUGGCACAGCGGCUGAAGAUUCAGGCCAUGCUCAAUUUGUAUACAAUCGCAACCCUAGAAAUUUGGAGAAGUUAAGAAUUGCUUACAAACCGGCUGGUUACCAUCUCGAAAAACCGGGUCGUGAGUUUUGGCAUAAACUACAAGUAACAACUAGUAAAAGACACGUGACAGCUAGUGUCUUACACCAUACAGGCGUGGUUCCGGUAAUGGCAACUACUGCAGAAUGGGCUGUACGCAAACAGCUAUUCAGCACUUUAGAUAAAAUGGCAUACAUAACUAUUGGAAAAGUGUUAGCACAACGCUGUUUGGAAUGUGGUAUUUCUGAUAUGAUUAAUACUCAUGAAGUUUUGCCAAAUAGUAAACUUGAGGCAUUACUAGAAAACUUAUUAAAAGGCGGUGUACGGUUAGAAGAAGAUCCAAGAUACAAGUCCCCAAAUCCUUGGGAUCAAGAAAGACCAGAAAAACCAUGGGAACAUUAUUAAAUCUAAUUAAGUUUAUUUUUUUUUUUAAUACAGAUUGUGUAUAUUAUGCAUUCAUAUAUUGAAUUAAUGUAUCAAACAAAACUAUAUAUUUAAGGUAGAAGUAUUUUAAUAAUAAAAAGUAGGAAUUAAUUUUUGUUUGAGUAAAAUAA